GGGAAGGCUCAAUCAGGCAACUAAAAUUUCGCGAGGCAGACUCGCACGUGGUUGUGGCCCCCUCUCGCACCACACCAAGGGGAUUAAUGGCCUAUCUUCCUUCCCAAUUCGUGGAUCUUAAACUCGCUAAAGCACGGAAACACGAAAACUCCACAGCCCCUUCCGGCCCGGUCGACGUUUCUUCAGGCAGGUCAGGGAGUUCCUGAAAGUAUAAUUUUGUAUACGUGCAGGGGCGAGGCAAGCAGUCAUUUUCCCCGCACUUAAGUCGCGUCAACCCAUCAUAGAGACCGUGACAGACACUAUACAGUUACAGUUGUUAGCAGACGCCGCUGAUACCUAGAGCAACCAUGGCAACACAAAAACCGGUCGUCCGGGUGGGGGUCGCCGCCAUUGUGCGUGACAAACAGGGGCGAAUGGUCGUGGGCAUUCGAAAGGGGUCUCAUGGUGACGGACAGUGGCAGUUUCCGGGAGGCCAUCUUGAGAUGGGAGAGAGUUAUUUCGCGUGCGCCGAGCGGGAAACACUGGAGGAAACGGGCCUAGUCGUCAAGGCCGAGAAGCUCCUCACCUUGACAAACGACAUCUUCAGUCCGGAGAAACAUUACAUCACCAUCUUUGUGCUAUGUCAAAGGCUUGACGACACUCAAGACCCGCAGGUCCUGGAACCUAAUAAAUGUGCUCGCUGGGAGUGGAAGUCCUGGGAUGACGUGAGGGACGUCAUUGCCGAGGAAGACGGGCAGCCCGGGAAGAUUUUUAUGCCCAUCGUCAACCUUCUCGAGGAGCAUCCCGAUAUCGAGGUUCUGACUACACCAACUUAAACGUUGAGUUCGAGUCCGAGGCCGCGGCCUGACUCAUCCUGUACCAUGGGGACAUGGGUACGGAAUAUCUCCCUCCCUACAAGUACAGAGUCAACCGGGCACGGCCGGGCUCGCCGGGGGGGAAACGAUAUUUGGGCUGGACCCCGGGAAUAACGGGCGGGUUAUCAAGGUCUGCCGAGCCGGGCGAGAGGCAUUGGCCAUUCGGGGGAUGCUUGGCGAUCCUGUGACCCCACCAUCUUUUCGCAUCAGGCAUUUCAUUCCCAAAUCAACUCUCCAAAAUCGGUC